AAAACUAAAACCUCCUCCUCGAACUCUUUCAGUCCAGAACCAAACCUUCUCCUCCGCCUGUCUUUCAUAAACCUCAAAAACCUUUUCCUUUUCCGCGAGAGAAAAAAUGGGCAUGGGGCGUCUUCUUACUCCCAAACUGAAUCCCCAUCUCAGCUGCAGAGGUUCCCUACCUUUGACGAGGAGGUCUUCUUCUUCUUCUUCUUCCCUGGAGAAUGGCCGGAAUCUCGAGAGACUGCCGGAUUCUAAGGCUUCUUUUAACAAAGAUAUUGGCCAAAAGGGAAUGAAUUGGUAUUCUUUAGGAGGCUUACUCACUAAUCUAAAGCAAAAGCUUAUGGGAAACAUGCCCUCCUUUCUCAACCAACCUCCUGCUGAAAAGAUGGUCAGCUUGCACAAGGACAAAAACUCUAUCCCUCGGAGUGCAAAAGAUGAUGAGUCUUUAGUCUCUCAAAGUGUUGCUGAAAUUGAGAUGGUUAUGAAGAGAGAAACCACGCCUGUAGAGAAAGAUAGUAAUAGCUUGGAGCUUGCACAGGAGAAGAAGAAGGUGUUACAAACUGAAAGAGUGGGAGUAAAUUCUAAACAUGUCCUACCAGGUUUGGUAACUGAAGAAGAAGCAUCCGAUAAAAAGGUAUCACUCUCCAACAUGUUCAUUAACCUGCAUCCGGAUAAUGAGGUUAGGUCAACUCUCACAUCUGAGGCAUUGAGUAACACUAAUUCCACAAGAGAAUCCUCUUGUGGUGGUCCACACGGCCUUUUUCAGAAUAUCACCAAGCAAACUGAUCAACAGAGCGGAGAAGUGACUGCUAUUAGAGAAAGGAAGACUACAUAUCCUUUUGGAAGUUCUAAAGAAACCCUUGCAGUGAGCAAAGACUCGAGCAUCAGGAAUUUGAUAGUCACCCUUCGAAAGAAUGAUCUUUUCUCUGCGACGGAGGAAAAAGAAUCCAAAGGAUUGGUCUGCAGCCAGGCAACCUUGCCUGCUGCUGCUACCAGUGUGAAUCAAGAGUCAACAGAAAAGAGUUUGGACGCAUUAUCUAACAGAGAACACUCUCCUAACAAAGUAGUGUUGAGGUUUUUGCACCAAGGGUUUCAGAAGAGUGACAUUGUUGAAUCAUUUUCCGAGUUUGGAGCCGUUUUAGAUGUACAAGAAGUUCCAUCUUUCGAGGGCUGCAUUUACAAAGAUGCUCUCGUCACUUUUGAGACUAAGUCAGCAGUCAAGAAGGCUCUCAAGAAAGGUGCUGUGAUGGUGAAACAUUGCAGUGUAAUUGUUGAGGCAACUUCUCAGAAAGAUAUGGUAGAUAAGAUACGCAUUCCGGAUCUCAUUGGCGAUCCAGAUGUGCCUGUUUCAUUGGUGAAGGAACCAACCCGAACAGUUAAGAUUCAUCCACUGGAUCCAAGUAUAGGUUCAGAUCAGAUCAGAGAAGCGCUAAGGUUCUGUAAGAGUGACAUAUCCAAGAUCAUCUUUGGUUCAUCCACAAAAGCUGCUUUCAUUGAGUUUGAGACGGAAGAUGGCAAAGAGAGAGCACUUGCAGCUCAUUCAGUUGACGUGCUCAACAAGCAAUUGUUUCUCUCAAGGAUUGAUAUACCGAGGACAACCGUUGCAAGGAUCUCAAACUUGGCAGGAUUAAUGACUAGUGACUUACGGAAACUGUGUGUGCCUUAUGGUCAGAUCAAACAGAUGUUUCACAGAGGAAAGGAUGUUGCAGAUGUUCAUUUCGAUGUCUCUGAGUGGCCAAACAUGCUCACUAUUCUCAACAGCAUGAAUGGUAAAGAGAGAAAUGGUAAGAAGUGGGUGGUUCGACCAGCAACAGUGAUACCUCAUGAGAUUCUGAAGGUUUUGUGGGAAGACCCUCAAGGAAUGAGGUAUGUGAAAGGUUUGAUUAAGAAUAUGGUGAGAGAGAUUGAACAGCCUUUAGAUGCAGCUGCUUUAUCUUCAUUGUGCUCAGCUCUUGAAGAUUAGAGGAUUGAUCCAUUGUUUCGGUAAAACAUCUAUCGAAAAGAAAAGCUAACCACGUUGGAAUUGGUUUUGUUUUAGGGACCACGUUAAGAAAAUUUCUAAUCAAUAAGAUUUUAAUUUAAGACUCAA